UCCAAUUCAACUGUUGAAACCCGACAUUUCGCACUUCGUCGCAGUAUCGCCCAUCGACGCCAUGGCUUCGAAGCUCCCGAACCAACUCCGAGCUCUCUACGCAUCCACCACCCGUCACCGGCUUCUCUCUCCUCGAUUCCCGAACCUCAACGAAGUUUUCCGAGACCUCCUUCUCGGUUCCAAUGGCAGACUCUUCUCGGACGCCCCAUCUCCUCCCCAAGUUUCUUUUUCUCCGUCGACUCCGGUUCCUCCGCCUUCUGGUCCAAACACUUCGGCUCCGUCGUCGUUGAAUCAGAAAGAGCUAGUUGAGUUCUUCGCCAGUGCCGAAACCUGGUGGGAUUCUGAGGGUCCGUUUAGACCAUUGCAUGCCAUGAAUCCUACGAGACUCGCUUUCAUUCGCUCCACGCUUUGCCGGCAUUUCGGGAGGGAUCCAUGUUCUCCUAGGGCUUUCGAAGGACUGAAAUUUGUUGAUGUUGGUUGGUGUGGUGGAAUUCUUUCAGAGCCUCUAGCGCGGAUGGGAGCUACCGUGACAGGAGUUGAUGCUGUGGAGAAAAAUAUCAAAAUUGCGCGCCUUCAUGCUGAUUUGGAUCCAUUGACUUCAACAAUUGAGUAUUGUUGCACAACAGCCGAAAAGCUGGUUGAAGAGCAGAGAAAUUUUGAUGCUGUGAUUUCUUUAGAGGUGAUUGAGCACGUAGCAGACCCUGCUGAAUUCUGCAAGUCUCUGGCCGCAUUAACCGUUGCUAAUGGAGCUACUGUGAUUUCAACCAUUAACCGAUCUAUGAGAGCUUAUGCUACCGCCAUCGUCGCUGCCGAGUAUAUACUCCAUUGGCUUCCCAAAGGUACGCAUCAGUGGUCAAGUUUUCUAACUUCUGAUGAACUGGUCUUGAUCUUGCAGCGAGCUUCCAUUUCAGUCAAAGAGAUGGCUGGAUUUGCUUACAACCCCUUGACAGGAAGAUGGUCUCUUUCUGAUGACAUCAGUGUAAAUUUCAUUGCAUAUGGUACAAAAACAACCUCCGAAUAAAUAUCUGAAGAAUUUUGCUGUUGGUUUUUUCUUUUGUUUCUGAAUAUGUGAAAUGUUUCGAUUAAAGAGAUUAUUUCACAACCUGUUGUUCAUCUACUUUUUUUUUAUAAGCAUGUUCAUCUACAUUUUUCCUGUCUAAAAGGCACAAUCGUCUUUGUUUC